ACGAUAAGAGAAGGGGAGAAGAGCCACGUGUCCUUCAAAAUCAUUCAUUCAUUCAUUGAAUCCCCCAAACCGCCAUUUCCUUUGGGUUUAUGGAGUGAGCGUGGAAGAGGAAAGAGGAAGCAGCAACAGCUCGUGGCGGUUCCGAUUAUUUAUUAAGAUCAAUGUUGCAUGCAGUAUCUGCCCCUAGCUUUUGUUUAAGCUAUCCCGGGAACCUUCAUUAUCCUCCUUCUUCAGUUCAAAAAACAUGUUUUUCUGUUCGUUGUUCGGUUUCACAGACAAAAAAUGGAGCUAAAGUGGAAUAUACUCCUUGGCUCAUUGUUGGCUUGGGCAAUCCUGGUAACAAAUACCAUGGCACCAGGCACAAUGUUGGAUUUGAAAUAAUUGAUAGCCUUUCUCGAGCAGAAGGGAUUCAGAUGAACACAAUACAGUCAAAGGCCCUCAUUGGAAUAGGUUCUAUUGGUGAAGUACCGAUUUUGCUGGCAAAGCCCCAAACAUACAUGAAUUUCAGUGGGGAAUCGGUUGGGCCACUUGCUGCAUAUUAUCAAGUACCCUUGCGUCAUAUUCUACUAGUUUUUGAUGAGACAAGCCUUCCAAAUGGUGUUUUAAGGCUUCAACCUAAAGGCGGACAUGGACAUCACAAUGGAUUGAAAAAUGUAAUGGGCCAUUUGGAUGGUUGCAGUGCUUUUCCUCGACUUGCAGUCGGAAUUGGAAAUCCUCCUGGAACUAUGGAUUUAAGAGCUUAUCUUCUACAAAAAUUCAGUGUAGAGGAACGAAAGCAGAUUGACGCUUCAUUGGAGCAAGCAGUUGCAGCAGUAAGGACCGUAGUACUCAAUGGUUUUGACCAGCAUGUCAAUAGAUUCAAUUUAGGACAAAAAUACAAGUACCAUAAAGUUUAAAAUGAACCGCCAAGAUGAAAUUGGUGGUUACAUUGUUGUGUAUGUUAGCAGAUAGCAGUUAUACCUCACAAACUUGUCAUGACUAGUGCAUUUUUUUGUAAAGCACACCAGUGGUCAUAUUCUAGCUCUGGCAGAUAGUUGUUUCAUUGUGAGAAAUACUAGUUGUUGAAUUGUUGCUUGGACCAGUCCACGAAAAUGGUAGCGCAUGUGGAAGCAACUUUUGCCCUUCGGCACCUGAUAAUAUGCUAACUAGGGUGAGUGUGAUCGUGUGGAAAAAAAUUGAAAAAAAGAAUAUUUGAAUUGAA